AUGAACGACUAUAACAUCCUGGUGCAGGAAUUUGGCUCAACGUCGUCAAGGUGUAUCUUUCUACGAUUGCGGGAUCGCAGAGGAGGUAAGCUCUGGAUCGUAAGUGCCCAUGCACCUGAGGACAACAGUAACGACGCUUUUUAUGAUAAACUCAAUGCGUUUAUGUCUAAAAUACCAUGCCAGCAGGUGGUCAUUGUCGGAGUCUACGCAAAUGCAAAGAUGAGACUCGAACAGCAAUCCGAGGUGCUAAGAAAAUUGUGUUAUGCAGCGGAGCGCACGUCGAACAACGGUGACCGUCUGGUCGAAUUGUGCGAACAGACGGGCCUCAUUAUCGCUUCCACGUUUAAGAAGAAUCAUCGACGCCAUCAGCUAAUGUGGCAACCCUUUUAA